AUGGAUGCCAAAGAUAUCCUGGGAUUGUCCAAAAACACAUUCCCUCCUCUGGAGAAGAAGUCUCGACCUCCCAAAGAGUCUCAACGAAAACCAGAUGGCAUUUCACGCGAGGUGUAUGCGCUUACAGGUGGAUUGGCCCCUCUUAUGCCUGCAAUUGAAGCUUCUCAAUUGAAGAAAAAACCUCUUCCUCUUGAAAAGAUUACUUGGCAGUGGCUUCCUUUCACCAGUUCUGCUCGUAAAGAUAAUCUUCAACUUUAUCACUGGGUACGAGUUGUCAAUGGUGUUCCUCCUACGGGGGAUUAUUCUUUUGCCAAGUAUAACAAGACUGUUGAUGUGAUCAAAUACACAGAUGAGGAGUAUGACAAGUAUUUGACAAAUCCUAUGUGGACCAAAGAGGAGACAGAUCAACUAUUUGACUUGUGCGAGAGAUUUGAUCUCCGAUUUGUUGUAAUAGCUGAUAGGUUUCCAUCACCUCGGACUGUAGAGGAAUUAAAGGAUAGAUAUUAUAGUGUUUCACGGGCUAUAUUAGUUGCCAGAGCUCCAUCUUCUGGGGAUGUUGCAGCACAUCCUCUUGUUAAGGAACCAUAUAAUGUUUCACAAGAAAUGGAACGAAAGCGAGCACUGUCCAUGGUCCUCUCUCAAACAAGGCAACAAGAACGAAGAGAUGAAGAGGUUCUUGUUGAAGCAAAAAGAAUAGCUGAAUCACGCAUUCCCCCCAAGAGAGUAUCAAUUGUGCACCAAGCUCCACCUCUAGUUGUGACCCAGUUCAUUCAUAAGGGCUUUCUUUUGGUUCCUGAUCAAAUUGUUUAUGCAGGUCAUCAGGAUUUUUUUGUUGCUGCUAUUAAUGAAAUCGGACAAAAACACCAUUACCCACAUUGUCCUAUAUUAAACCAUGUUUUGAAUGAUGCCUUCGUCGAUAUUAAGCAUGUUGCUGAAGAGUCUCAGUUGGCUGCUUCGAAUGCUGGUGCAGAAGUUACAGAAAGGGCUGUCCCUGGUGAAACUGUCUCUCCAUCGACUGUGCAACUUCCAUCAAUGGUUGUGCCUCCCACGUUAACAGAUAAUGCAUCUACUUUAGCUUCUCUUCGUAUGCUUCGUGUAUAUUUGAGGACAUAUGCACUUGAGCAAAUGGUGCAAGCUGCAAAUGCAUCUGCUGGACUUCGGACUAUCAAACGGGUUGAGCAAACCUUGCAAGAUCUUGGGGUCAAUUUGAAACCAAGGGUUCCAACCAAAGCUGUUUGUGCAGAGCAUCUUGAAUUAAGAAAAGAAAUACUAACUUGGCUUAACCUCCAGAAACAGGUUCAAUAUAAAGAGGCUGAAGGUUCUUCUUUUCGUGAUGGAUCAUAUAGUGAAACACCUGGCACACCUAAGCAUUUACAUCGUGCUGGGGAUCAGGAUAGGACAUUCGUUCCAGAUGCAGUGAAUUUCGGAGUGGAAAGGAUUGGCAAAAAGGACCAAAAGCGCAAGGCACCUGGAGCUCCAUCGGCUCAUAAAAGACCUAGAAAACUAAAGGCCUCAGAUCUUUAG